AUGUACGUAUACCUAUCGACUUCGCCUGAGGGCGAGGUCUUCUCCAAUCAGUGGACCUCCGAGUGGCAAGAGAGCCACGACUCGGGGCUGCCGCACUUUGUCUGGGAGAAUAUCACGUAUGGAGAUUGGAAGGAAACGCGCGCGGUGGAUUUUAUGGUGGAUUUGCCUGAGAGCGUGCAACACAACGCCUCGUUGUGGGCAGAUAUAUUCCUUGUGAAGGACGGUGCGAGUCCGGACCCCUCAAAGCCGAACUAUGACAUCAGGGCGAUUCACCACAGUCGCAAAUUGUUGACGCGAUACCUGCCCAAGCUCAAAGUGCGUAAGGAGAAGAACCUUCUAACGGCACAACAAGAAGAGGCAGAGGAGCUCGAAGAGCCGCAGGAUCUCGCGUUAGCUCUUGUCUCCGACGCAUCAGUCUUGCCGUAUUCUAAGCUGGCCCCUCCCGUCGCUCAACAUGUCUACCUCUACCCCGAGAGAGAUCAGACUGGCGCAGUGGGGUUCUACAAGCCUAUCGUCUAUCCAAACGACUUCUGGUUGUUACGCUCGCAGUUUAUAGAGAUCAACACUACUACACCAAGACUGCCACUUCAUGUGACGUUCCAGCCCAUCACCUUCUGGAAGUUCCAGAUUUUCUCUUCUAUGACUCAAGGUUUUGACGAGGCGGCGAAACAACAAGGCAGCUCGGGAGCAGAGUUCGACGAAAUCAAGAGGAUGCUUGUGGAGACUAAUCCUUGGUUCUUAGGCCUGACAGCCUUGGUCAGUGUGUUGCACAUGGUGUUCGAAAUGUUAGCGUUCACCUCCGAUGUAUCGCAUUGGCGACACAAGAAAGAGUUAGUCGGCGUGUCAAUCGUGACCAACGUCGUCGUCCAAAUCAUCAUAUUGCUCUACCUGAUUGACAACAACGAACAAACGAGCUGGAUGAUCCUCGCGGGUAACGGUGUAGGAGUGCUCAUUGAGGCCUGGAAGAUCACAAAAGCCGUGGAUAUCAGCAUAAUACCUGCACCUCCGGGCUCUCGUUUUCCUUACAAGGUUGAUAUUAAAGAUAAGCACACCUUGACGGAAGACGAGAAGAAGACACAAGAAUAUGACAAACUUGCGUUCCGAUAUGUCUCCUGGUUCACCAUCCCAUGCCUUGCCGCAUACACGGUGUACUCGCUGUUAUAUGGAACACAUCGAGGAUGGUACAGCUUUGUGAUCUCGACGCUCACGUCAUUCGUGUACAUGUUUGGCUUCGCCCAGCUGAUCCCUCAGCUGAUCAUAAACUACAAGCUCAAGAGCGUUGCUCACAUGCCCAUGAAGGCGAUGAUAUACAAGUCGUUAUCGACGGUUGUGGAUGAUCUAUUCGCGUUCUGUAUCAAGAUGCCCAUGUUGCAUCGGCUGGCGUGUUUCCGGGAUGACGUCGUCUUCGUCGUAUUUCUGUAUCAGCGCUGGAUAUAUCGGAUUGAUCCUAAGCGCAUGAACGAAUACGGACAGGUGAUGGCAUCAGAAGUGGACGCGGUGCACGGUAAAGAAGAGAAAGAGAACACGGAGACGAAGAAGAACAAAUGA